AAACUUUCCCGCCGCUAAAAAAACACCCCAAUUAGGUUCCGUAUCUCUCACCCUAACUCCAAAACUUUCCCACCACAGCCUUCUUCUUUCCUCGGCAGUCGGCUCUGCUUCUCUUCUCUCUCAGAAGUAUGGAUAUCUCGCUAUACUCGGCAGUCGGCUCCGCUUCUCUCUCAGAAUAAGAAUCUCGCCAACACCAUACUCUUGGCCCCAAGCUGUGCGUCUCUCUGUUCUGCAGAAUCUUUUUUCCUAAAGUAUGAUUUGAAUUACUCUCAUACUUUCACGGUAGAAUCACGUUAAAAAUCUGAGAAGAGUUGAGAGCGUUUCUCUCCUGGGUACAAUCGCGACCCAGUUCUCUUCGUUCGUACAGGCUUUAACGAUGUUCGAUUCUAUGGAAGUUUGAUGUUUGGACUUUGGAUUCUUGUUGUUCUUGGUCAUUUUUCACCCCCGUUUUCAAUUCCGAGUCUGGAUUUGAAUUUAGAACCAUGAAUCUUGGCCAAAAGCUCAACUAUGGAAUACAAAAUCGCGAAUAGUAUUUGUGUGUGUUUAUCUUCCUUAGAUGAACUCAUAGACCCUGUUCUUGAGUGAGGAUAGCUUGUUUAGUUGUAAUUUCGUUUCUCGGAUUCUCAAAAGGGGACGAGUGAAUUGCAGACCUGCUAUUUGACGAUUUUAGUUAAAAAUUGCAGUUAGGUGUUUUGAUUUCUGGAAUCGAACAUCUGUCCGGUUUUGAAACCUGCGUAGAUUCCACUCCAGUUCUUGAUUUCGUUCUUAAUUCAAAGUUAUUUUUUCUCUUCCCAGAAAAUAUUCUCAUUCUUUCCGAAGUUCCCAGGUUUCCAUCUCUUAUUCAGGUUGAGAUGCAGGAUCAUGAGGCACAAAAUAUAGAUAAAUGUGAAGGUGCAAUUGAUGGAAAUUCCGUUGUUAUGUCCCUAGAGAGAAAUGGUUGUCCAAUAAUGUGUGGAAGGGGUGUUACCAAAAAAGUCAUUGCUAAGGCAAAAGAGGCUGAACAGUCUGAUUCAAUGACACCAAAUGAUAUGAAUACAAUUAUGAGCACUUUGAGGAAGGAGUUUGAAGAAGAAAACGAGAAAAAGAAUGCUGAAAUAGAACAAAUGCGCAAGGAAUGUGAGAUUGAGAAACAGAAAAUGAAAUUGGUUCUAUCAAAGCUUGCUACAUUGAUUACAGAUCUUGAUCCAGCUUCACUUGAAUUAUAGAAUUGAAGAAAUGAAGUUACUUGUCUUCCGCCUGUUUGGUUCCGGCCAGUUAGAAGAUUUUUAGUUGCUAUUAGAAGUAUGCUCUGAUAUUUUGGUUUUCUUUUCAAAUUGGACAAUGUUAGUUUUUUGUUUAUAAUGCAUUAUUCGAGAUGCUUGUAUUCAAGAUAUUCAUUCUAGGAUAACAUGUGUUGGAUAUUUCAUCAUUACAGAUUAUGAGUAUUUUAAUACUUGAAAUAUUGUUAUUGUAUACGAAGUAUAAAAUUUGUAUAAUAGGCAUGCUGUUUUAUAUGUAAACAUGUAGCUCAAAUUAUCAAAA